CGCGCCGCGGUGCAGGCUGGGAGCUCCGAGGCGGUGGCGCCAGGAGGGACGGUGGCGGCCAUUUUGUGUCUGCCUCGCUCGCCUCUGUGGAGAGGCUGGUGUGGGCGUUGCGGCUCAGGAGAGAAGAGCUCGGCUGUCUCCUUUCUGUGUAGGUCGGGGGUGCCGCCGCCAUGGGCCGUAAGAAGAAGAAGCAGCUGAAGCCUUGGUGCUGGUAUUGUAACAGGGAUUUUGAUGAUGAAAAAAUCCUUAUACAGCAUCAAAAAGCAAAGCACUUUAAAUGCCAUAUAUGUCAUAAGAAACUGUAUACAGGACCUGGUUUAGCUAUACACUGCAUGCAGGUACAUAAAGAAACAAUAGAUGCUGUUCCAAAUGCUAUUCCUGGAAGAACAGACAUUGAACUGGAAAUCUAUGGCAUGGAGGGCAUUCCAGAAAAAGAUAUGGAGGAACGAAGGAGGUUACUUGAACAAAAAACUCAGGCAGAGAGCCAGAAAAAGAAACAACAGGAUGAUUCUGAUGAGUAUGAAGAUGAUGAAUCUGCAGCUUCAACUUCAUUUCAACCCCAGCAAGUUCAGCCACAGCAGGGGUACAUUCCCCCAAUGGCACAACCAGGUUUGCCUCCUGUGCCAGGUGCACCAGGAAUGCCUCCAGGUAUACCACCAUUAAUGGCAGGUGUUCCACCUAUGAUGCCUGGAAUGCCUCCAGUUAUGCCUGGAAUGCCGCCUGGAUUACAUCAACAGAGAAAAUACAUGCAGUCAUUUUGUGGUGGAAACAUGAUGAUGCCAAUGGGUGGAAUGAUGCCUCCUGGGCCAGGAAUACCACCUCUUAUGCCUGGUAUGCCACCAGGUAUGCCGCCGCCUGUUGGGCCUCGUCCUGGGAUGCCUCCAAUGACACAAGCACAGCCUGUUACAGCACCGGGCAUUCUUAACAGACCUCCAGCUCCUGCUGCAUCGGCACCUACCCCCCAGCCUCCGGUUACUAAACCACUCUUCCCAAGUGCGGGGCAGAUGGGGACACCUGUCACAAGCUCAAGUGCAGCUUCCUCCAAUUCAGAAAGUCUGUCAGCAUCUUCUAACGCUCUGUUUCCUAGCACAGCACAAGCUGCAGCAGCUGUUCCAGGUCCAGUUGGUACUGAUUUCAAACCUUUGAAUUCUACACCUGCAACAACAACAGAACCCCCAAAACCUACAUUCCCUGCUUACACACAGUCUACAGCCUCAACCACUAGCACGACAAACAGUACUGCAGCUAAACCAGCUACGUCUAUAACAAGUAAGCCUGCUACUCUCACAACAACCAGUGCAACCAGUAAGUUGAUCCAUCCAGAUGAGGAUAUAUCACUGGAAGAGAGGAGGGCACAGUUGCCUAAAUAUCAGCGUAAUCUUCCUCGACCAGGACAAGCUUCCUUGGGUAAUCCACCAGUUGGACCAAUUGGAGGUAUGAUGCCACCACAGCCAGGAAUUCCUCCACAACAACAAGGAAUGAGACCUCCCAUGCCACCUCAUGGUCAGUAUGGUGCUCAUCACCAGGGCAUGCCAGGAUAUCUUCCUGGAGCCAUGCCUCCAUACGGUCAGGGACCUCCGAUGGUGCCCCCUUACCAAAGUGGACCUCCUCGACCUCCAAUGGGAAUGAGACCUCCUGUAAUGUCGCAAGGUGGCCGCUACUGAUGCUACUACACACGCUCUAAUAGGUUUGGAGAUUAAACCUUUUCUCAUCUUGUGCUGUUAAUAUAGCCGAGCUUCCGUCAAUUAAGGCUUCAUUGUGACUUUAAAAAAAUAAGUAUCUUCCCACAUGCAAGGAGCUAUUGGACAUUCUUAUUUUACACGGGAAAAAUUAUUUGGAAUAAUAACAGGAACUUUUCCUGAUGUUGCAAUUUAUACUGUAUGGCUUCUUUUUCAUGUUUCAUCUAGGUUUUUAGAAGUGAAGUAUAGUAAAUAUGGUUCGUUAAAUUGUGAAGGCGCUGGAAUUACAUGAACAUACCACCUUAAAGGCAAGUUCUGUAACAUUAUGUUGCUAUUUGUGAAAUGAUGCCUUCACAGCACUUCAAGUGCUGUUGGACUUCAUGUCCCCAACAUAGUUUGGUGAGGGCUGUAACUGUUCCCAACUACUUGUACAUUUAAGUCUGAACUUGUAACAAUAUUUAAUGUAUUUAGAGUUCCUCCUGUUUCAGGGUUUAAGUAAACUGACCCACUAAGGUCGUGUGACUUUUCUGUACUGUUAUAAACUUCAUUGUAAUAAAAGAAGAGAAAAAUUUA